AUGGCAGAAGCAACCUCCCGCUCCCCCUCGCCCCCCCUCCCACCCCCAACGCCCUCCACCCCAGGCCCCCGCGCCACAGCCCUCCAAAAACUCUACUCGGACGCCAUAACCCACAUCCUCAAAACCUGCUCCUACACCAACUUCGCCUCCUGCUACCCGACGCCCUCCACCAACGUCCCCGCCUCGAUGCGGCAGCUCCACGACCAAUUCACGCAGAAACUCGCCGAGUACAUGCGGCGCGAAUUCGAAAAUAUCCUGGUGGAUAGGAACGUCAUCCCGUCCUUGAACGAGCUGGAUCGACUCAUUGAGGACGCGAAGAGACGGAAAGCCCGCGCGGCCGUCGAGCAAGAUGAGAAGGACCCCGUGCCGCCGCAUACCCUUCCCGCGCAGACCUUGUACAUCUCGCAUCUCGCGCCGAGUCUGAAGGGGUAUGAUCAGGAGAUCCGAUCGCGGCAGGAGGCGCUGGCGGGGGAAAACCAGGAACUGAUCGCGAGGGUGCUGCAGCAGAGGAAGGACCUUCAGAGAUUGAUGGAGGGGUUGGAGGGGGUUGUGGAGGAUUUGAAUGGCAGUGUGAAGGCGCUGGUGCCGGAGGAGAUGGAGGGGUUGAAGGAGGAGAAUCGCGAGGUUGAUGAGGUGAUGAGGGAUUGA